AUGACCAAGCGGCAGUACCCGCUACCGGCCGACUAUUUUCGAUGCCCGGCCCUGACGCACGACGAGCGUGCGUACUUUAUCCAACUCGGCGACAAGACCUUCCACACGUUCCUCGAGAAGACGGUCACCAAGCCCGACCCGAGCCUCGAGUGGCGCUCGGCCGGGCGCCAACACGGCGUCAAGCUGCUCGAAGCACACAGCACGAGCGGCCACCGCUUUGAUCAUGGCAUUCUGCCCUUUCGCGCGAUCGCCAAGGUCACGGGAACGAUCGAGGAGGUCGCUGCGCUCCAUGACUUUGACACGCGCGACAAGUGCCUCACGUACAUGAACCAGUACGACUCGAUGGGCGAUGUCCUCGACAUCAUUCCGCUCUACACGUUCAUCGAGCGGUCGGCGGACCUGCCGUCGCUCCAUCAAGUGUACGUCAAGUGGGUCGCGUGCGCAAGUCCCGUGCCCAUGAUCCACGACCGCGACUACCUCUACAUUGAGACCCAAAACGAGUUUAUUCUCGAGUCGGGCCAGCGCGGCUGGGCCUACUGCCAGCACUCGAUCACGCUGCCGUCCGUGCCACCGCUGCGCAACCACACGGGCCUCAACCUCGUGCGCGGGUCCCUCUACCACACGGGUUGUGUCUUUCUCGAGUCCGAGACGCCCGGUGUGCUCGAGGUGACGUACCACAUUGCGUCCGACUUUAAGGGCGCGAUGCCGCAGUGGGUCCGCCGCCUCGGCCUCAAGCGGCGCGCGACCAACGUGGCCAAAGUCAACGAUUUCAUCCACGAACAGCGCCUCAGCGCGUGCCGCAUGCGCACGCAGCUCGAGUGCCGGCCGACGCUCCACUCGAAGCACUGCCACCUCUGCGACCGAUCGUUCGCGCUCCGCCGGCCGCGCAACUGCCACGCGUGCGGCGAAGUCGUUUGCUCGCGUUGCUCCAAGCCGUGGCGCCUCAGCGGUAUCUUCCGGCUCGGGCCCGCGACCGUGUGCGUCUGCCACGCGUGCUCGUCGGCGGUCCGUGACGGCACGUCGCUGCAUUUCAGCGCCACCGACGGCGAUGCCAUUGCCGAAGAGCAGGAUAAUGACGACAACCAUGCGGACGACAACGAUCGGCCGUCGAUCAUCAUCAUUUCGUCCGAGCCACCGCCGCGCCAGUCGUCGCUGAGUCGGCGCUCGAGCUUCUCGCGGGCCCGGCCGUCGAUCCAGCCGUCGCGCAAGCCGUCGCGGCGCAACUCGAUCAAAGGCAUGUUUCGCCCGUCGACGUCGACCAUCUCAUACGUCUCGUCGUCCAACGAGCCGUACGUCACGAGGAUGCACCAAGAUUUCCUCGAUGUCGCGUCGACGACCGAGACCGUCGACCUCACGCGGCUCAAGAAGCAGCUGCAAACCAAGCACGAGCACGAUGCUCUCGAAGCCAUGUACCGGCACAUGACGCCCGGCCUCGAUCGCUUUGUCGACACGGGCAGCGACGUCGACUGGACGCCAGAGACGACCAAGGACGAAGCCCAGCGCGACUCGUCGCCGUCGACCGUCGACUUGAGCUACCUCAACGAGAUCUACCGCCACACGUUGUCGUCGUCGCACGCAGACAGCGACUCGCGCUACUCGUACUGGGAGAGCGAGCCGCCCAUUCUCGACUACCGCAAGUCGCGCGUGUCCGAGUACGACCCAUCGCGCCGAAGUGCAUACGAUGAACUCAACGCGCUCGUCGACGACGUGGAAGAGUCCAAGGAAGAGACGGCCGGCGGCGGCUUCCGGGUCCACGCGCCACCGGGCACCACCAUGUACCCACUCCCGACAAAGGCGACGCCCGAGGCACCCGGUGUUCCCGCACCAACGGGUGCGACGCUCUACUCGAUGCGGCCCGUCCACGACAGCUAUGGGUUUGCGACGCCGUUUACAAUUGCCGAGGAGGCCAUGGACUCCCUCAAGUCGUCGACGGUCGUCAAGCAGUACGAGCUGGACGGACUUGAACUCACGGACGAGUCGGCGCUCUCGAGUCUCAACACGAGUCGGUCGUACCAAGAGAGCGUGCUGCAGCAGUCGCUCGACGAUGACAUGCCCACCAGUGCCGCCGACGACGGAAUCCCAUACAAGCCCGUCGUGUCCAACCAUGAAGGUGUCCGACGGCUCCUCGCCGAACUGGCCAAGCAACAACAACAGCAACACUAGUCACGUGUUAUUUAAGCGGAUUCUCCGCCUCAAGGUCUGGGAGGGUUAAAAACCACAAAAUAGCAAACGCACUGGACGAUCGCGAGUCUAGUAACCCCA